GCUUGAGGAGCUGGUGUGAUCCCAGAAACUUUCCUCUGUGUAUACCAGAGAGGGGAGUAAAGGAAACCUGGUGCAAGAGAGGAAGCAGGGGAGAGAAGGGAGCUUGCUUUGUACACUGAGAAGGCUGUCAGAAGCAGACUGUACAAGCAGCACGCUGGCUGGUGCGCAGUUUAAGGAGCAGCACUUGUUGACUUUAUUCACUUAAUUCACUGAAGGAUGAGUAUGACAUCCAACUGCUGCUUCUAUAUGUUCUUGCUUAUUGGUACCAAGGUCAUCCACGACUCUUUGGAGGAUCAUGUUUCUGGAGUUGGGUUCAGAUGUCCCCUGGGCUACUUUCCGUGUGGCAAUAUCACAAAGUGUUUGCCCCAGCAACUUCACUGUAAUGGUGAGGAUGACUGUGGGAAUCGUGCUGAUGAAGACAACUGUGAAGAUAACAAUGGAUGGUCUCUGCAAUUUGACAAACAUUAUACAAAGGACAAAUAUAAUACGCUGAAAUCUCUGUAUGUGUUUAGGACAAAGACACCUGAAUGUUUAGCUGGUGCUGUGCCAGCAGAGUGUACCUGCCAAAGGCUGGAGAUCUUCUGUGAUGCUGCCAAGCUGCAUGCUGUCCCAUCAGUCUCUUCAAACAUAACCAUAAUGUCUCUUCAGAGGAAUCUGCUAAGGAAACUUGCUGCUGACGUUUUCAAGAAAUACCAAGACCUUAAAAAUCUGUAUCUUCAAAACAAUAAAAUCAGAGCAGUAUCUGAACGUGCUUUCAAAGGUUUAUAUAAAUUGACAAAACUAUACCUGAGUAACAAUAAGAUAACCAGUUUGAAGCCUGGUGUCUUCGAAGAUCUCCACAGACUCGAGUGGCUGAUAAUUGAAAAUAAUAGAAUAAAUCGGAUCUCUCCAUUAACAUUUUAUGGACUCAAGUCACUUAUUCUCCUAGAGAUGAUGAAUAACUCUCUUGCUCGUUUGCCUGAUAAACCUCUGUGCCAAUAUAUGCCAAGACUAAACUGGCUAGACCUUGAAGGCAACCAUAUCCAUCAUGUAAGGAAUGUCACUUUCGUCUCCUGCAACACUCUAACUGUACUGGUGAUGAGACGAAAUAAAAUCAGCUCUUUAAAUGAAAACAGUUUUUCUUCUCUUCAGAUGCUAGAUGAAUUAGAUUUGGCUAACAACAAGAUUGAAUCACUUCCUCCAUAUAUAUUUAAGGAUCUAAAGGAGCUUUCACAACUGAACCUUUCUUACAACCCGAUCAAGAAAAUACAAAUAGAUGAGUUUGAUUUUCUAAUUAAACUCAAAUCCCUCAGCUUGGAGGGCAUUGAAAUUGCAAACAUCCAGAGAAGAAUGUUCAGACCCCUGAGAAAUCUUUCCCACAUAUAUUUCAAGAAAUUCCAGUACUGUGGAUAUGCCCCUCAUGUGCGCAGCUGCAAGCCCAAUACCGAUGGGAUUUCAUCCCUUGAGAAUCUUUUAGCUAGCAUCAUACAGAGAGUGUUUGUCUGGGUUGUAUCUGCCAUCACCUGCUUUGGAAAUAUUUUUGUUAUCUGCAUGAGACCUUACAUCAGAUCAGAGAACAAGCUCCACGCCAUCUCGAUAAUGUCUCUCUGCUGUGCUGACUGUCUGAUGGGAAUAUAUUUAUUUGUGAUUGGAGCUUUUGAUCUUAAAUAUCGUGGAGAAUACAAUAAGCAUGCUCAGUUGUGGAUGGACAGUAUUCACUGUCAGUUGGUUGGAUCGCUGGCUAUUCUGUCUACAGAGGUAUCGGUCUUACUGUUGACUUACCUGACUUUGGAAAAAUACAUCUGCAUAGUUUACCCUUUUAGAUGUCUGAAGCCCCGAAAAUGCAGGACAAUUUCCAUUUUGGUUCUUAUCUGGAUUAUUGGGUUUGCUGUUGCAUUUAUCCCACUGAGCAAUAAGGAAUUUUUCAGGAACUACUAUGGCACCAACGGCGUCUGUUUUCCUCUUCAUUCAGAACAAUCAGAAAGUGCAGGAAGUCAGAUUUAUUCUGUUGUAAUUUUUUUAGGUGUAAACUUGGCAGCUUUUAUCAUCAUAGUGUUUUCCUAUGGGAGUAUGUUCUACAGUGUUCAUCAAACAGCUAUUACAGCUACUGAAAUUCGGAAUCACAUUAAAAAAGAGAUGAUCCUCGCUAAACGGUUUUUUUUCAUCGUAUUUACUGAUGCCCUCUGUUGGAUACCUAUUUUUAUUUUGAAACUCCUUUCUUUACUUCAAGUAGAAAUACCAGGUACCAUAACUUCUUGGGUGGUGAUUUUUAUACUGCCAAUAAACAGUGCUUUAAAUCCUCUUCUCUAUACUUUGACUACACGACCUUUCAAAGAAAUGAUUCAUCAGGUUUGGUAUAAUUACAGACAACGAAGAUCCAAAAGAGGUAAAGGCAGUCAGAAAGCAUAUGGUCCAUCAUUCAUUUGGGUAGAGAUGUGGCCAAUGCAUGAAAUGGCACCAAAGGUAAAGAAGCCUGUGCUUUGUACAGACUCCUCUGAAGCUUCAGUGACUACACAGUCAACAAGACUAAAUUCAUGCGCAUAAAUACGUUUUGAAUCUUCAUGGUGACACUGCACUGUUUUACAGCAAUGAGGAAAGAAGGAGGAGGUAUGACACCUGGGCUCACGUGAACAAAAGCAAGUAUAACUGACACAGUAAUUUUACCAUCUCACAAUGGCACCUGACAACUUGUCCCACAUCAGAAUGAGAAGUCAACAGUUUUUUUCCUCUCAGAAGUAGAGUAUGGAAAAAAAAUAAACUGUCACUUGAAACAUCUCACUCUGAAAGCAGAAUGUUUCAAAAUCAUCUACCCUGGGGGAAGGUUGAAGGUUGUUUUCAUUAGUUUGUUGGAGUUUUUUUUAAUUUCUCAUUCCAACAGCUGAGAUUUCUUUUAAGUUGGUUGGUUUCCUUGAUUAUAUUUUAGUGAUCAUUCCAAUUCAGACAGAAUGAACUGUGGAAUUUUUUUUAAGCUUGUUUUUUUCUCAACUGAGUGUGGAAUUUUCCCCCUUCAGAAAAACAUCCUUGCCUGGAAAGACUGGACUAAGUAUUUUAACGUCUUGAUGCUGCUCUUUCCCUCACUGGGCUUAAUGGGCUAUCAUAAGUAGCUCCACACAGGCGGUCUUCAGCAAAUUUCAGGUGUCCAUCUCUCUACGUGGAAUAAUGGGGGAUAGCCAAAUAGAAGACUUAACAGGUGUUAACGUCUACAUUUUAAUCCUCUUGUGCAUCUGAACCCACUACAGUUCAAAUAAGCUGCAGAGACAGUCAGCACUUCUGGGGGCAUUACUUCUCACCAUUACAAGGAUAAAAAACUAUCCCAUCUGAAACCAUCCUCUAGAGGCAGUUUCUUUGUGUACAUUUACUGAAGACAAUCUUUUCAAUUCUGAAUUAUGACUUCCCUACUUCUUUCAGUACCAUACUCAUGGUCUGAUGGCUUAGAAGCUCAUGCUAGUAAGAGAAAUAUUUCUUUCACAUUGAUGAUUUGAAACCUUUUAAAAUGAAGUUAAAAAUACUUCUAAUGUUUGCACUUCUUAACAGUGUAAGAAGUAGAAUUAAGUGUGACUCACACUUCAACUGUUUACAGAAUUUUGGAUUAUCUUGAAGAUUGUAAAGCAUCUUGUUUCCACUGCUGUAUGUUUUACUGAAAUAAAAGAUUAUCCAUUGAACAAAAUUA